AUGGCGCCGCGAAAAUUUGCAAGCUUCGUGGUGGCUGUCAGUGGCACUGUGCCUGGCUACAAACAAGCGGACAUUAGAGGAUUGGUCGAAAAUCAGGGUGCCACGUUCACAUCCACAGUCACUGAGGAGUGUACGCACCUGAUCACGACGCUGAAGGAAGUGGAGAAGAAAACCACCAAAUAUUUGGCCGCGUCCCAGCUGCCCAAAUGCAAAAUUGUCUCCAUUGACUGGCUUUUGGCCUCGUCUCAGAAGAAAAAUGCGAUCGCCGAGAAGCCUUAUCUCUUGGACGCGGGUGCAACAGCUGAUGCGGGUGUUGCGGACAACGAAAGUAAGCAGAGCGCUAGGCGUGCCACUCGAAAAGCUCCAGCGAAUUCUGUGGACAGGGAUCUCGUCGCCGUCGACGGCAAUCUCAAGAAAGACGAGGAUGAAGAGGAUGACGAGACGGCAAAGAAGGCAAUCAAGUCUGAAGAGCCAGCAAAGUCUGCGGAGAAGCGCAAGAUCAAGGAAGAGGACGAUGAUGCACAAGGGAUCCCGUCCAGCAAAAAACGAAAAAUAGCUCCAGGCGCAGCCCCAAAAGCACCUCCAAAGGCCUUGGUGGUUCCCGUGGACUCCAAGUUCCUUCUGCAAGAGCCCAAGUUCAAGAAUCCACAAAUCUACAUUGAUUCCUCGGGUGUCAUCUGGGAUGCCACUUUGAACCAGACAAAUGCGGGUGCGAACAACAACAAAUUCUACGCCAUCCAACUCAUUCAUUCCCCAAAGACUGAUCAGUUUAUCACCUGGACGCGAUGGGGACGAGUGGGGGAGAGUGGCCAAUCUGCGUCUUCCGGCAUCGGUACAUUCGCCCAGGCUCAAGCAUUCUUCGAAAAGAAGUUCAAAGACAAGAGCGGACUGGCCUGGACCAAUCGUCUCGACACUCCGAAGAACAAUAAGUAUACAUAUCUGGAACGAAAUUACGAGGAGGAUGAAGAAGAACAAAAAGAAGGAGAUUCGAAAGACCAGAGCAAAGAGGGUACGAAGCAAGAAGCCACCGAAUCGAAGCCACAGGUGCAAAGCAAGCUCGAGCAGCCUUUGCAGGAUUUGAUGGCGUUCAUCUUCAAUCAACAACACAUGAACUCUGCGUUGGCGUCAAUGUCGUAUGAUGCGCAGAAAUUGCCCUUGGGAAAGCUCAGUGAGAGGACUCUUAAAGCAGGAUUCUCGGUUUUGAAAGACCUCGCUGAGCUUCUCGGCGAUCCCACAUUGGCAACUUCGAAACAUGGUCUUGAUCUAGGACGAGCCCAAGAGUUUCUCAGCAACCGCUACUUCACAUUGAUCCCCCACGUUUUCGGGCGAAACAGGCCACCAAUUCUGAACACAGAUGCCAUGAUCAAGAAGGAGGUCGAUCUGCUAGAAGCCUUGACAGAUAUGGACGUUUCAAACGAGAUUCUCAAGGCGUCGAAGGACGCCGCUCAAGUCCAUCCAUUGGAUCGUCAAUUCGAGAGUCUGGGCAUGAAGGAGAUGACACAAUUGGAUCACAAAUCCACAGAAUUCAUCGAGCUGUCCGACUACCUCAACCACUCUCGUGGCGCGACUCAUUCCCUCCGAUACGAAGUCAUCGACAUUUUCCGCAUCGAACGCCAAGGCGAAACAGACCGCUUCACCAACUCCCCCUACUCGAAUCUCGAAAGGAGCAACCGACGCCUCCUCUGGCACGGCUCCCGCAGCACCAAUUUCGGCGGCAUUCUCAGUCAAGGUCUCCGCAUCGCACCCCCCGAAGCGCCCGUCAACGGCUACAUGUUCGGCAAGGGCGUCUAUCUCGCCGACAUGUCCAGCAAAUCCGCCAACUACUGCUGCUCCUACUACAGCGACAACAAGGGCCUGCUCCUUCUAUGCGACACCGAGCUCGGCGAUCCCAUGUACGAGCUCGUCAACGCCAAUUCAUCGGCUGCUUCGCAUUGUAAGAGCGCGGGGAGCAUCGCCACGCUCGGUAAGGGAGGUCAUAUCCCGGCUGCAUGGAAGGAUGCGGGUGUUGUCAAUGCGGAUCUGGAGGGCGUGAAGAUUCCAGACGUGAGUUGCGGGACGGCGGAGCGAGACGGAACGCAGGCUUAUCUGCAGUAUAAUGAGUAUAUCGUGUAUGACGUGGCGCAGAUUCGGCAGCGGUAUCUGUUCUACGUGAACAUGAAGUGA